GUUGACCACCAGCUGCAGGAACUGCAUCUUAGUGGCGCCACCACCACCACUGCAGUUGCAAAAAUGAGUCCACCAUCAAACCGCAACAGCGAGAUGAUGGGGCGGCUGGCGGAAAAAGCGGUGGAAACCAUGGAGGCGUUUGACUUAGCCCAGCUCGGCUCACUCAGCUGGAGCUUUUCGCAGUACUUUACUACAACUUCAUCCACCGCCAGUAAAGCUGUCGGCACAGCAACAUCAAGAGCAUCGUCAAGAAUUGCAACACCUCCGGCCAGCGUGAAGCAGUUUUUUCAAAAAACGAAGCUGCGGCUGGAGCGCGACAUCGCGCAAACCAGUCCGAAAGUUUUGGUCCAGUUUGUGUACGCAUUGUCGAAGAUGGGGGAGGCGGAGGAGGACUUAUACAAAUUUACGCUUGCGCCGGCGAUCCGUUCGUUCUUGCUCGAUUUUGAGACGAAGGACCUCUGCGCCGUCGUGUGGGGCUUUGCACACGCCCGAAUCGUCGACACUGCUUUUCUGCAGGACGUGGCGCAUUUUCUCGAACAGAAGGUCUCGCACAUGAACGCGCACGAUAUCGCGGCUCUGGUGCUAGCGUUCUCCUCUUUUGACAGCGAAGUUAUGGCAGCUUCUACUUCUCUGACCGGGACGACGAAGAUGAUGAUGAAAGCAAACGAGGACCCUGGCGCAGCUCCUGCGAUGACGAGCGGUACAACUACUACCCUAGAGCAAGCCAUGCUGUUUAGGACCUUGAUGAAGAAGCUUUCCAAACAAGCGUUCCUGCUAGCGCCUACCUUCUCGCCGAUGCAGCUCACCCGGGUGCUGUGCGGGCUGUCCGCGACCUGCACUGCCGGGGGCGGUACGGCGGCAAGUAGACUGUCGGAUCAUGUUGAUUCUGGAGCUGACCACCACGAACGCGAUGAAUUGACGAACGAGCAUAGCAGAACUGCGACGGCCGCGGCCAACAACGGGAUCAUCAAGAAGACCACUUCUUCUGUGCCGGCGAGAAACGCCAACGCCACGCACCGGCGAACUUUCGACCGGCUGCUCGUAGAGGUGAGGGAGAAGAGACAUCUCUUGUUAUCCAGUGUGUACAACUAGAAAACGUCCCCAAUGAUCCAUGGCCAAGAAGAUGGAAAGUAGAUACACAAAACAGCAAGUCGUCCUGACUGUUGCGCAUGAUGACACCUUUUGGCUCUAGUGUAGUAGAAGUCGAGGUUAAGAUUACCUCGUGCAGUCGCGUCACAAAUCGGCUGCUUCUACAACAUGUUGAUGUGAGCACGACAAUAAAUCCCCAGAUAGUUCUCGUAUCCGUUAGAAAGCCGCGCUUUAUCUCGUCAUGGAGAAGUCUGGGGAGAACUGUUGGGGACGUACUAUUUUUGUACACAGGAUACUUGUACCGGUCCAAUGUGAUCGACAUUCUGCAAGCCGUGACGCUGAACUUGGAAUACUACCCGAGGGAGCACUUGCCCUGGUUGCUAGAAGCGAGUUCCGGUAGUCUCGACAAACUUCCCGUGGACGACGCCAUCGUGUUGCUCGAGAUCCUCGCUGACGUGUUGACCAACGGAACGGGUGUUUUCCUGGUCAACAGCGAGCAGGAAGAAUCAGCUCGACGUCGUGGAGAGCACCUUUUGGCAACGAGUGGUCCAAGCGCACGAGAGGAAGACCGAGAGUUGUACAGCGCCUUCUCCAGCACUCUCCAGACCCACGAUCUGCUGGAUAUGAUUCACGGCUUAUGUGAUCGGGUGUUGCUCUCGAUCAAAGCGGCGCCGAAGUCGCCGUGGCGCACCGACUGCGACAAGGUUGCGAAGGUGUUGGGCAGUUGUCGCAGGAUUCAGCAGUCCCGCUUCGGCGGCCGGAGCCUGGCGAAUGUGGACGAUUUUUUACUGGAAACGUGUAUUCUGCGCCCGCUCCCCUUCACGCUGUUGGAGGACAGCAGCACGGAAGACGGAAGCAAUUUGUUUCUGGAGUUGCUGCAAGAGUUCUGCGCGUUCGGCUUGCAAACGCGGCAGAAUUACCUGAUCCGCGCGACGUGCCACCGCCGCCCGCAAAUAUUGCAGGCUUUGCAACAGCGCCUGGACGCGUAUUUCCACAGUGUCACGAGCGGCUUCCACAGGAAGUACAACACCCGGAACGCGGUCGAGUUGGUGAAAAUCUUCGCUUCCCUCGGGAUCGACAGCAAGCACGGACGCUGGCUGAUCGACGAAUGCCUCUUCUUGGACAGCGACAUUCAGGCGAUGGUCGCGUUCGGAAACAGGUACUUCAGUAGCGCGGCGCGGAGUGGUAUCAAAUGCAAAAAUGUCUGGGUCUGGAAGAAUGCAGACUUGUCAUGCAUAUUUCUCAUGACCCCUGAUGCCUGUAAUGCAUGACCUAGUAUCACAGACAUUUAGAGGUCUUCCUGAUGCGCCUUCCGCAUGAGAAAUGCCCUCUCCGCGUAGCACAAACUGGACCUUUCUUGCUGGUCAUGCAACACUAAUUUUUUUAGAAUCCAAAAACAGCAUGACAAGUUGCAUUCUUCCAGACCCAGACAUUUUUACAUUUGAUAAGUGGGAGAAGUACGCAAAAGAAUUCCGAGGGGCUUGGUGUUGCACCAAGUACGAGCAGCUUGCAGGACGAGGAAGUGAUCCAGCUGAUCUGGAGUUUGUCGGAGUUGAAUUGGAACCCGACCCUGGCGCGGGGACUACUGAAAUAUAUCACCGGGAAGAGGCGACUCCUGCCUGAGGAUGAUGGAAUUCAUCUUUACUUCAAAGACGAAUUAUCUUCCACACCGCAGGUCGGCAGCGACGUCGACCGACAUCUUCACGCCGAUGGUGCAACAAGGACGUCAGCGGAGAAGUUUUUACCCGGUGAAAACCAGGACCUCGCUGAUGUUGAGCCACCAGAGCCAGUUUCGCAAGAGGCCAACUUGAAACUUGCGUUUUCCCUGGCGCUGCAGCUGGUGCCGGAGCUGGUCGGGGACAAAACCGGCAUUGUGCCACUUAAGCUCGUGGAAGAGAUCAUGCGAGGUGGGGAGGUGGACUUGUUUGACCCGAAUGUUGCGGCGCAACGUGAUCCGGUGAGCUUUGCAGCAGCGAACAAAAAAAUCCCCAAAGACUCGUGGAUGCACUUGGCGCAAACGGCUUUCGCAGAGAUCGAAGAGAAGGACUUUACACACUACCGUGAAAUUAUUCUUUCUGGUGGGAGAAAUGAAGGCUCGACCACGAAGAUGAAAGACGAAGAAACAUCAGCUCCGGUAGCGUCGGGAGAAACGACAACGAAGAGCUUUUACGGCGACCAAGAUGUUGACCAUUCUUCUGUCGUGAGAACAAGCUGUAGUUCUACUGACUCAACAAGAAGAAAGCAGGCGACAGAGCGAAGAGUAGCAAACUUGCAGUAUCAAAUGUAAAAAUGUCUGGGUCUGGAAGAUUGCAACUUGUCAUGCUAAAUCUGCAGCAUGCAAAAAUCUGUGUUGCAUGAGCCCAAUCUGUUUAUGCUAGCAAAGGGCUAGUGCGCUGUGGACCCCCAGGAUCAGGUAGACGAGGUCCCAGACCGAAGUGGUAGCUAGGCGCUUAGGGUGAACUAUGUAUGUAGCGCUUAGGGCCCUUCCGUACGGCCAAUAUGUAUGCCCGCAACGGGGUUCGCCUAUGUCGGUCAUUUGUAUGCAAGGCGUUGGGUUACCCGGUCGGCAGAGCCGAUCCACAACGAACGAACGAACGAAUGAUUACCAAAAGUCGUCCAGUUUUGACCAAGUCGGGAGGGAGUUUCUCAUGGAGGAUAGGCAUUAGAGAAGUGUCGCAGAAUCUGUCAUGCUAGGUCCUGCAUUCCAGACCUCAUGGGCCAUGGAAAAGCAGCAUGACUAAUCGCGGACUCUUCCAGACCCAGACAUUUUUACAUUUGAUAUGCAGCAAUACGUGACAAACAUCAAGCACGACUUCUUCCGUUCGGAUCUGUACCCGGCGAAAGACAGAAGCCAGAGCCUGGCGUCGUUGAACAAGGCAAACACCAUAUCCUGAGUAAAAACGUACCCACACCAGAGUCAGGAUCGGGAUUUUGCAACACAAACCUAGGAGUUUUGUGAGUCACGCAUGACAAGUUUCAGUCGGUAAGGUAGUGCAAGUUAGCAAGGAAAGCCGCAUCACAAAUCGAUCUGCUGAUCCUGUUUACAGCAUUACGAGUUCCCAAACACGAUUGAAAAUGCCUGUCAUGGGGUUGCGCAUCACAAAUGUUCCUGUCAUGGCAAAUCUGCAUGACAACUCCGCCUGCUACAACCUCGUGCUUCCACUUUUUUGGAUGGUUUUUUACUGGGGGUAGAACUGUGUCAUAGUUCCUGCUUCAAACCCUUUUACUUUUUAUUUUGGUUCCCUCGGUGCUGAGACAGGGAGUUUGCACAGAGUUAUUUCUACCUAGAUAACAACCAACUCACGUCGCAGCCGUCCCAGGAGUUUCGGUUGUUGUCUCUCGGUAGAAAUCACGCUGUUCAAAAAUUUCUGUUUUGGAGUUUACCGGGUACGCGGUUAAGGUUUAUCGAGUUGCGUAGGUCUGUUUAUCGAGUUUACCGGGUCUGUUUAUCGAGUUGCGUAGGCUACUCGGUAAAUUUACCGGUCUUGCGCAGCAAUGUGAAUCCAAUUUACUUGCUGCUGCUAUGUAUGUUUUUGUAUGACAGCACGGCGCCACCUUUGGCAUGGCUUCGCCUUUCGUAAAAAUGUGUGGCGAUUUGUAUCAGUCUCUGCGCUUCGUGGUUACUGCUGCACUUUCUUCGUAAGUACCUGCUGCCUCGUAAAUGGAGCUAGAUCGCAAAUUCGUGCGCUCCUCAUUCUGAAAAAGCCGAUCUUCCCUGCCUUCCCAUCGUGCCCACGUAGAUGUAGUUCUCUACCCUUUUACUUCCUCCUUGUCGUGUAGUUUUGUCUUGUUGCUUGCCUCAUCCUUGUAGCGCUAGAUCGCGGAUCCCGCUUCCUCGCAGGGGCAGCUGUUUUUUUUCCGCCUUGCCAGCGGACCUGUGGAGGGGUUGGGGUUGCAGCUGCGGCUGUUUGCGUGUAGAUUUAUCGUGGGUCGGCUACGUUGUAGGAAAGGGCAUCUAUUUUUGUAUGUGGGCGUUCCUGAUAUUGCCGCUCGGGCUUAUCCGUAUCGCUAGCUGUGUCUCUAGUUCUUUAUUGGUUUUAAGAAAGUAGCCAGGCCCUUUUUGCGAUCUCCGGUGGAGAAUCAUAGCACGCCACUCCUAAUUUAGUCCCUGGCCCGGUCUGCUAAUCCGGGUAAGUAGCAACAUUUCCGUGCUUCUCCACUAAAUUGCUUUUUGGUGUCUGCCCGCUCGGGGAAUAAUUACAUAAACGGCUCCCGCUUGUGGUGGUCAGAGGCGUUCGGGUCUAGUUAGUCCCUAGCUGCGCGCUACUCCUUCAGUACGUGCGGGCUCCAGGUGCUGCGAUCACCGGCAGGAGUCUAACAACAGCGAACAUAAGGACGUUAGAUUUUUGAUUGCUCUACAUUACAAGACCGGCACUUGUGUCGGCCCGCCGAAGUUUCGCGCGCGGGUUCAGCAGUCUUCUUUCUCGCGAAAAAGGUGAGUCUCCUGACCCUUCUGGUCGUCACCAUUCCGCCGGUGUCUGUGCUUUCAUUCGGGCGCGUCACCCACCUCAGGACCUCAGGUUAAGAGUUUGUCGACGUAAUUUACAAAGGGACGCCCUGCCCUUAGUUUCCCAACAUGACAACUCUGGGGUGGGGACGAUUUGACACAGGAUACACCAACCGGAAAAGAAAGAACACCAACUCGCCCCCGUCCGUGAACGACUCCCUGACUGUAUUGUGAGGAAGAAUCCACCCUCCCCAUACCAAACCGGGAUACUUCUGAAAAUUUGUGAUGCUGAUUUGAGACCACAAAUCGUCGCUGUAUUGCAUGAAGGCAAAUCUACAGGGUCCGCCACAUUCUAUAGGCGGUUUGUCAUGCUGUUGCUCCUACAGCGUAGACGUCUGUCAUGCUAAGCGCCUAGGCCAAAACCUGUCUACUGUGGCUUGGUAUGGGCCUGCAGUCCUCGCCAGCAAGACAAAUCUGAUUCGUGUGCGCAAAUCCAGCAUCAGAAACAUCCUUUUGAUAUGGGGAGGGGAGAUUUUUCCUCUCAAUAGACUGCCAACCGGCAAGCGAUGCGAAUCAAGGAAUACCCUUAUGACAUUUGGCUCUCGGACGCGUUGGUUUCCUUGAAGAUCCCGCACGUAAAGAAUUUCGUCGUGGACAACCUGCACAAAGUCUGCAUCGCCUUCCCGGAGUACAAGACGCUGGUCGACUGCCUCGACGCGCGAGACUUGCUCUGCACCACCGGGCUGAACACAACGGACCUGAGGGUUACCGGAUCGGCGAUUCUGCGCCGCCGACAGUUGAUUGACCGAGGAUGGUAUGGAUUGCAAAUGUGUCUGGGUCUCCUGGAAGAUUCUAAACUUGUGAUGCUGUCUGUGGAUUCUAAAAAAAUUUGUAUUGCAUCAUGACCAGCACCAAGAGGACUCCAGUUUGUGCUACGCGGAGGGGGUUUUUCUCAUGCGGUGGAGGCAUCGCAAUCGCAAAGCCCUCGAAAAAUCUGUGAUGCUAGGGCAUGCAUCACAGACAUCAUGGGGCAUUCAAAAUAUGCAUGAAAAACCUGGCAAUCAUCUUCCCGACCCAGACAUAUUGCCAGUUGAUACAUGGGUCGUGCUGGAAACCGACCUUCGCAUGCUGCACACCAAAAUGCGCGAAAAGUGCAUCCGCAGCUACGUCAGCGAGCUCGUUGGCGAUUUGGCGCCGUUGAAAGUGCACAAGUUUACGGGCCAGGAUCAAAUGGCCGCGGAAGUGCUGGGGGAAGAGUUUUUUUGAUCUAGUUUCUGCGUAGCGAAAUUCUAGAGAAGAAAAUGAACAAUGAUCUAUCACGAUGGACAAGUGUUGGCCUUUACAUCUAAUGAACUGUUUUGCUUUUCUUUGCGCUUUUCCUUCGCUCACCGAGAAGCGAGCACACACGUUGCUUUUCUUUAUGCUGCUUUUCUUGAAGCCUCGCACGAACUCGGCCUUCGCGGGAAAAUGAUGACAACAAGGAUGAUGAAAAUAUAACGAGAUACGCGGGGUAGCUCCCUUCGACUCUAAAACUAGUGUCACAGCAGGGAAAUGAACUUCCCGCUGCGCUCGUCACGGUAAUUUCACGCGACAGGCUACUUACUUGCUCUGAAAAGAACAAAAACGCGCAUCUGCAAGCGUGUCCAACAAAUGGGAGGUCGGUGCUGGUGUCUCGCUACGUGUACGUAUCACAC